AUGGCUAUUGUGGGUUCAACACUGCUGGUGGAUAAGACUAGAGUUGGGAUGCGACCUCACCUUAUACCUACGAUGAAUGUUGAUCAGGAUGAGAUUACUUGGGGUGCAGUGACUCUGGCGUAUUUGUAUUGGCAACUAGGUAUGGCGUCUAGGGCUGGGUGCAAGACUAUUGCUGGUUGUCUUACAUUGUUACAGACAUGGAUUUACGAGUACUUCCCUGCCUUCCACCCCCAUCCUCGUCAUGCUGAUGUGCUUAAUAAGACGAGGGCGGAGAUGUGGUCCACACAGAAGCCAGUUCGUGAGCUCAGUAGGCUAAGAGACUUCAGUGGAAUGUCUCCUAGGGCAUUAUUAAAUGAGCACCCAUGCAUUGCCUUUAUCGGGGGUAUCACUUGUUUUGAUAUUGUCAAGGUGAAUUUGUCUGAGAGGACAGUCAGACAGCUGGAUUUUGUACAGGCUAUUCCCCCCUCCUAUGAGACCUACCCAAGCUACGCGACCGGCACAGGGUACCUAUUCCGUGACCUUUGCUUCUCCGUCUAUUCACACGGAAGCAUGGAGUAG